AUGGAUGAGGUGAUGGUGGACAUUGAAUUACAAACUGGUGAUGAUCAAAAUCAUGAUUAUCAACAACAACAGCAAACAACGGCGAGAAGGAAACAAGAGCCCAUCAUCUUCGGAAAAGCUGAUCAUCAUGUUACAUUGAAGUUUGAAGAUGUUGCUUACAAGAUUAGGCUUGGAGGUGGUGGAGUACUUAUUAAAAAUCAAGUAGAAGAGAAAACUAUCUUAAAGGGAGUGAGUGGAGUUGUCCGGCCAGGAGAGAUGUUGGCCAUGCUUGGACCUUCCGGCAGCGGUAAGACGACACUACUCAAUGCCCUCGGUGGCCGCCUCGGCACCGGACAAUUCACCGGAAAGAUCACUUUCAAUGAUCAGAAAUUCACCAACUCUAUGAAGAGGAACAUCGGUUUUGUCACUCAAGAAGAAGCUUUUUAUCCCCACCUUACUGUUACGGAAACUCUAGUUUUCUCCGCCUUGCUUAGGCUUUCCAACCGUCUCAAGAAAGAAGAGAAGAUGGCUCACGUAGAUGCUGUCAUAGCCCAACUUCAUCUUAAAAAGUGCGAGAAUACCAUAAUCGGGGAUCAGUUUCUUAAGGGUGUUUCUGGUGGAGAAAGGAAGAGGGUUGGUAUAGGGCAAGAAAUGCUCAUUAAUCCGAGCAUUUUGUUUCUCGACGAGCCCACAUCCGGUCUUGACUCAACCACGGCUCAACGAAUAGUGUCCACGCUAUGGGAACUAGCAAACGGUGGUGGGAGGACGAUUGUGAUGACUAUCCACCAGCCAUCAAGUCGGCUUUUCUACCUGUUUCAUAAGGUGUUAUUGUUAUCCGAAGGCAAUCUCGUCUACUUUGGGAAGGGAAGUGAUGCAAUGAGCUACUUUUCUAGGAUCGGUUAUGUUCCCUUAAUCGCAACUAAUCCAGCUGACUUUUUGUUGGAUCUCGCAAACGGCAUAUUACCCGAUGCAAGCGAAGACCAUCCUAGAUUUGUGAAGCAUGCCUUGGUCGUAGCCUUCAAGAAUAACCUAGCUGAGAAUUUGAGGGCGGUGGUUCAAGUAACGGAGAAUGAUUUCCACAACAAGUCGGAAGAGAAGAAGAGAUUUGGAAGGUGGUCGACUACUUGGUGGCAACAAUUCACAGUGUUGCUGAGAAGAGGGGUGAAGGAGAAAAGGCACGAGACUUUCUCCGGCAUUCAGUUUGCUGAAGUUCUCGGCGUAGCUUUACUAUCGGGCCUCUUAUGGUGGCAAACAGAUGGUUCCAAUGUACAAGAUAAGGUUGGUCUGCUCUUCUCGAUUGUGAGUUUUUGGGGAUUCUACCCUUUGUACCGGUCCAUCUUCACGUUCCCUCAAGAACGAGCGAUGUUGGAGAAAGAUAGGUUGUCGGGCAUGUACAAGCUCUCGUCGUACUUUAUGGCUAGGACCGUGGGAGACAUGCCAAUGGAGCUGGUCCUUCCCACGAUUUUCGUCACUAUAGUCUACUGGAUGGCUGGACUGAAACCCACUGUCCCAAAUUUCUUUGGGACACUUUUAGCGACACUUCUAUGUGUGAUGGUCUCAAGUGGACUCGGACUAGCUCUAGGGGCCAUGGUAAUGGACCAGAAGUCGGCCUCUACUUUGGGCUCAAUACUAGUCCUCUUGUUUAUUCUCGCAGGAGGGUACUAUGUCCAACAUGUGCCAAGAUUUAUUUCAUGGAUCAAGUAUGUCUCAUUUAUUCAAUAUACUUACAAGCUUUUGCUAAAUUCUCAAUUCAAGUCGCAGGAUACAUACCCUUGCGGUUCGGGUAAGACAUGUUUGGUUGUGGAUUUUCCGUCGGUAAAGGUUGUGGGACUCGAAAAUCCAGCAAUGUCAGUGGUGGUCUUGAUGACAAUGGUUGUUGGUUAUAGAGUUAUUGCCUAUAUAGCUCUAAUGAGAAUCUGA